AUGAGUACUCCACAUGAAGCUUCGCCUAAUGAUAGUUCAUGGCGAGAAGAAAACUGUCCUGCAGAUGCUGUAGCCCUUGGUAGAGCAGCAUGGACAUUAUUGCAUACAACUGCAGCAUAUUAUCCAGAUAGACCAGCACCUUCACAAAUGGAUUCUAUGCGUGCAUUUAUAACAACGAUAAUAGACAAUUAUCCUUGUUUUGGUAAAGAAUUUAAAAUCUACAUGGAACAAGAACCUGUUCGUGUAGGCAAUCGAAAGAAAUUAAGUGCAUGGCUAUGUAGACAACAUAACAAAGUCAAUGAAAAACUUGAUAAACCCAUGUUUGAUUGUUCACUUGUGUUUGAUAAAUGGUUACAAGGGGCAAACAAGCAAUGCGAACAAUAA